UCUCCAUCGUCAGAUUGUUAAGGAGGCAUUCGCUUCAUUAAUGGCAUUGUUGUAAAUAUAACAAAAUAUGCACCUAUUUAUUAGUUAGAAAAACCUACUCCGUAAAAACACAAAGUAUUCCCUAAGUAUCUGAACUCUCUCUCCUCUAGAGUCGAUGUCCUUCUUCUUCGCUGGUUACGAAAAUUCUCUCACACAUGCGGUAGAUUCUUCAGCACUCGUGCUUUCGUUCCAAGCUUUCUUCCGAUUGGAGGGCCGAUACUGCAGGCUGGAAUCUCAUAAAUCUUAAUCAAUCCGUGAACCGGAACAAGCAGUUGAAGGUAGGUUUCAAAAUAAACUUCUUUAGUUUUAGUACUAUUUUUUUUAGAUUUUCUGUGGAAGAAUUCAUUUUAGUUUCAAGUUUAUUUACCUUAAAUCUGUCUAAUGGAAAUGAUUAGUUUAUGGUUCAGUUAUAAUGCGCCUUGCUAGUCUAUCAAAUUUUAAAAAUUCAUUUCCCAUUCUGCAUCUAUCAAGUGUUUGAUAUUACGAUAGUAUAUCUCAGAGCUAGCUAUGAACCAGUUUUUUACCAUGUAGCUUUCUGUUAUACAUCAAAUUUAAGAGUUAAUUAUCAAAAUAGGACUAAAACUCAUUCAUUUUGCACAAAUAGGACCAAAAAAUAAACUAUGUUUCCAUAGGACUAAUUAUGUUUGUCUUGGACAAAUAUACCCUUAUACCUAUUGGAAUGUUUUAAUUCAUAAUAAAAUAAUAAAAAAUAAUGAAAAUUCGUAAAAUAUACCAAAAAAUUAAUAAAAAUAUUUUGAAUAAUAAUAAAUUUAAAAAAAAAUAUUUUAAAAAAAAUAAAAAUUAAAAAAAAUUAAAAAAAAAUAAAAAAAAAUCAAAAAAAUAUUUUUUUUGUCACCGCCGCCUAUACCGCCCCAGCACCACCACCUCUAGUCAUUUGGGGAAAAAAUGCCAAAUUUAUUAUGAAUUCCAUAUUUUUGGCAUAAUUCAGAAUGAUUUAAGAUGGAAGAAAAAAAAUGUUGGCAUUCUCAAAGAGAAAUAUGCCAUAUUUUUGGCAUUUUCCGAAAAAAAUGGAAGUUUGUAGGAAAUAUGACAUUUUUUUUAACGGUCGGAGGUGGUGGUGCAGGGAGGCGGUACCACCACCUCCUGUCACCGGGGUAAAAAAAUGCCAAAAAAAUUAUGAAUGCCAUAUUUUUGGCAAAAGUCAAAAGGAUUCAAGUUGGCAGAAUGAAAAUGUUGGCAUUCUCAUAGAGAAAUAUGCCAUUUUUGUGGAAUUUAAAAACAAAGUGGCAUUUUUUACACCGAUCGGAGGUGGUGGUUCAGGGAGGUACUACAGGCGGUGGGAAAGGUAUCCAUAUUUUUUAUAAUUUUUUUUAUGGAGUUUUACUAUUUUUUUAUUAAUUUUCAAAAAAAAAAAAUUAAAAUUUUUUUUUUUUUUCUUAUUUUUUAUUUUAUAAAAAUUUUAUUAAUUUUUUUAUUAUUUUUCUAUGAAUUAUUGAAAUUUUUUCGAAUUUAUUAUGAAUUAAACAUUUAAUUAUGACUUUUAGCUAUCUUUUACUAAUAUUUAAAGGAGGGGUAAGAAUGGAAGAAAGAAAUGAGUAUGUUUCCAAUAGGACCACUAUGGUCCUAUUUUGAAAAAAAAACUUAGCAAGUCCUAUUUUGAGUUUUUGCCAUAGUUUUAGUCCUAUUUGAAGUAAUUUCUACAAAUUUAAAGUAAGUUAUUUUUCCCUCUGCAUCUUUGAAUUGUUUGAUAUUAUUUCUCAGUGAGCUUAGUUUACUCUGCAAUUUUAAGAUCCUAGAGUGUAUGCAUUUGAUUAGGUAAAAAAAAGUAAAAUACCCUUAAGUUGAUAAGUAUUAUACCUUUGUUGAACUGAUAUUUUUUUAUUAUGAUCUCUGUUCUAAAAAUCGUUCUAGGCGUCCGACUAGUCCCCGCCUAGGCGCUAGGCGGUGGUCGGGCGCCCCGAUUUUUGUCCAGGCGCUUCGAUUAAUUGGUUUGCCAUCUAGGUGAAUUAGUCGGCCGCCUAUGGCGCCUAAUUGCCCGCCCAGAGCGCCUAAUCGGCCGUCUAGAUUCGCCGAGCAUUACUUUACUUUUCAAUUUUAAUUUUCUAAACAAUAUAAGUGCUUUACCUUUAGCCAAAGAUAUAAAGAAAUGAAGUUGUAAAUUGAGAUAAAGACUAUAUAUGUUUGUAUAUACACCUAAAUUUUAUUAUUAUUUAUAUAAUUAUAUUUAUAACAUAAUGAAGUUAAGUGUUUAGUUAUCAUAUACGAAGUACUACGUAUGAUUAAAUGUGAUAAUUCUAUCAUGUUUGUUAAUGUAUGUGUAUAUAUGUAUUUUAUUCACACAAGAAUACAAUAUUACAUAUCAUAUUUAUGCAAAAUAUGGACCGAUUAAUCGAGUCAAGGGGGCGAUUUAUUUCGUUAGUAUAGGGGGUGAAAAAAAAAAUCGCUAGUGCACCGGGGCGAUUUUUUUCGCUUGUGUAGCGGGGCGAAUUUUUUCGCUAGCAUAAGGCUCUGCGGCUAAUUUUCAUUCAAAAAAAUUCAUUGGUACAUACAUGAUGAUAUUUAAAUCUAUUACAUUCUAAGUUUAAACAAUGGAAAAAUAAUAUUAAUUUUAUAAUUAUAAAUGCUCUAAAAAAAAGUACUGAUACAUUAAAGCCUAAGAAAUGAAAAUUCAAAUGAAAAUUAUUUGAAGGUCUAGAGUUUAAAAGGUACACAUCAACCAAGCUAAGACUUUUUUUAACCAUAUGAUCUUAUUAGAAUAAAGAAUUGGUUUUUGAAUUGCAAUUUUUGUCUACCAAGGAUGGUGUUCGUGAGUCACGAGAAGAUUUCUUAAUAUUACAAUAGUAUGUAUGAGAUUAUUAUUUUGAGAAUAAUAUUAUACAUAGUAUUGCUAUUCACAUAUAUGGUGCAUAUUGUAUUUGUAUUAAUGCUAAUUAAAAUAAGUUAAAGUUUAUUAAUCUAUGCAAUA